AAGCGCUCUCACAAGCUCAAGAGACUUGUGCAAUCUCCUAACUCUUACUUCAUGGAUGUCAAGUGUCCUGGUUGUUUGAACAUUAGCACUGUCUUCAGUCACGCUCAAACUGUUGUCCUUUGUUCUUCUUGCGGUACUGUCCUCUGUCAACCCACUGGUGGUCGUGCUCGCUUGACUGAAGGUUGUUCUUUCCGUAGAAAGGCCAACUAAAUUGUGUACAAAAAAUAUACAUGAACCAAAUAAAAGACAACAAAG